AUGGCUGAAGUGCGUGACAUACCCUCUGGAACGUAUAAUCUCAAACUGGGCGAAUCAUUCAAUGACAGAAGAGAGAAAUCUCUCUAUCACACUCUCCGAUUCGAUUUUAAACCAAAGUCUUUGGCAGGUGAAAAGGAAACAUUCAUUGCAUUUGGAGGAAAUGGUGAUGUGCAGGUAGCAGUGCCUGGUGAAGGAGAUGCUUUAACAGUAUUUAAAGGGGCUCAGAAGUCAGUGAAAGGGGAAAAAGAAUGCUUGCUGUUUUUUGAUCAUGUAACUGGAGAGAUGAGGAUUGAAAAGCUCUCGUCUACAAUGUCUGUUAAAAAAACUCGAGGUAACGAAGACAGUACCACAAUUAAAUUACGUGCCGAAAUAGAUCGAUUACGAAACGAAAAUAGAGGUAGGUCAGAUGAUGACAUGGAAGAAACGAAGAGCUCAAGUACUUCCUCGUCACUCACAUCAUCAGAAUCUGGUGAAUCCGAUUCAGAAUCUGAUGAUGAGAUCAGGAAACCAGUUCCUUUACAGUCGAAAAAUGAACAUAGUAGCGACGAAGAUCCCAGAAGUAGAAGUAGCGAUAGCGAAGAUGAAGAUUUACAAGAAGCUCUCGAACAGCAGUUACGAUCAGAUUCGAUGCCAUCAAUUGAUGAUACUACAACAAAACAAAUUAAAUCAUACCCACCUCCAUCAACGCUUUUGGUUAACAGUAAUACAAAGAAACUGCUACAUGACGAUCUGCAACUGAGUGAAAGUUCAGAUGAAGAUUAA